UAUAGUGUUCCUCGAAUUCUAUUUUGCGCGAUUUAACACUAUUUCUUUCGUCGUAAAAACACAAUAAAUGAUUGGUCGUUCAUUUUACCCACUCGCCUGUUAAGUGGAGAGACAGAAGGAGUCAUGGCAGGGACGCUGUCAUUCCCUGGAGACGGUGGCAGAAGUGCAUUUGAUUGGACCAGGGCGACGAUUUCCGCGCCACGCAGAGGAACAAACCGGGAGAAUGUGGACUAUAUCUGCUAGGAGGGAAACCAAGAACCUUAAAAAGAAAGCGAUGCUGCAAAAGGGAAGACAGGAACUGAUGCCAAGAAGCAGCAGCCCGGUCACUGUGUAUGUGGAGCUUCCAUGCAUUAUUGAGCAAGCUUUUUCAUCCGUAGCCUAUGACAAUGCAGCGCGCAUGGAGAGAGACACACUCGAAUCUCAGGUGAACGAUUCUGGUGUUGAUGAUCAAGAUUUUGGAGACUAUGCCAAGGACUUCAUUGCAGAUUCUCCUGCCAGUCUGGAGAACAGCCUCUCUCCAACUGCACUUGUUCCUUUUGAGGGCUGCAUCAUUCCUCCCUUGACUCCACAGAGGUUCUUCAGUCCAGAAGAGAGUCUGGGGGAUCAUUCUGCUGAAUACCCCCAAGUCCACUAUGAAGCACCCUGGAAAGUCAUCAGCCACUGCCAGGACAGGGUGUUCGAACAUUCCCUGGAGGUCAACCGGCAGCUUCAUGAGACGCUGCAACAAAGACAAGAGGAGAUCUACUCUCUCCAGGAGAGAAACAGUCACCUGAGACAACUUGCCAGCAGAGCCAAACAUCUGGCCUCUGUACUCGAGAAGCUGACAACGUCCACGGAGUCAAGUGUUGGCGAGCAGACAAGUCCCAGCAAACGCCGUCGGGUCACAGCAGGAUGUGAACCAGAGACGUCUGUCGAUGAUGUGGAGGACAUGCUGAGGGACAUCAGCACGCGCUGCAACGCUGUCCUCCACAGCACGUCAGGCGGAAAUAGACCGGAGCAGGAGGCGGAGUCUAUACGCAUGUUCGGAUCGUUCUCCGGCCUGCAGACUUGUGUUGGGAUGGUCAGCACCGUGAAGACAGAUGGAGAUGCUGCCGGAGAAGGCGUGUCUUCUUUUAAAACGUCCAUCAGAGAACAUGGGACCAUCAGGACUAAAGUGUUUCCACAUGGUCACGUCUUUACCUCCGGUACUCAACACGGCGGGUGCAGAUUCCGUUGGGUCCCCAACCAGAGCUAAGACCACAAAGACCCCAUCUUUACAGACUGUUGGUGUGUGUCCUCAGAUGAGGCCUGCUGAGAUGAGGGCAGCUUGUGGGUGGGCGACUAAUGCUUAACUUAUAAUCUGCGGCCAUAUCAGUAAAUGAUUACAUGAUGUCUUCCUCAGGUAGCAUGUAAGCUAAUCACUCAAGGGUGGUGUCCCAAAAAGGAAGCAGCACUGCCCAAUCUUUUGUUUACACUGUGUUUGUGUUUACAUGCCUUAAAUCAAAACUUGUAUUG